UUGACGUUGACGCUCAGGUGCACUUUCGAACUGUCGACAACAGUUACUUCCCAAAAGACGACUGCAAAAAAAAGUUUAUCGCCUCAAGAUGUAUCAAUAAGAUAUGUUAAAUGACAGGGAAAGAGUGCAGCGAUCGUUUACGAGUUGCUACGUGGGCGAACCGUGAAUUCCCGUAAGCCAUGUCUGUAGGCAGCGCGGACAGCACGAAAGAAAGCUCGAGGCCUGGCAGCUACAAGCGAGGACCGAGCCAGACCGGCAGCCGGGGGUCUUGGUCCUACGAGGAGCGCUGCGUGGACCCUGUCGAGCCAGAGCUGGAAUCCCCUCAGAAAGACUCAAACGGGAAGGAGUGCGACACCUUCCUGCCUUCCUCGGCCGCGCCACCCCGUGCCACUCAAACCUGCAAUCCCUGCGCUUCUCCGAAGGCUUGCGGGACUUUAAUGUGUAGCGUCCUGACGUGCGGCCUGUACAGAGUUUGCCUGCGAGCCCCGUGUCUGGCGCCCAAAGAGAGCGUCCCGGAGGAACCGGAAAAGCUGAGCCUCCGCGCUGACAAUCCGGCGGUGCGCCAAGAGGAGAAGGAAGACGACGCGGACUGGCUGGGCGACGUCUGCAUCGGCGGUGUCAAAGUGGACAGCCCGAGGGAUUACAUCGACUACGACUCUGUGACGUACGUGCCACAAACGCAGCCGUGCCACCCUUCCCUGCAGGAGGUCAUACAACUGGACGACUGGGAGGACGGCGAGGAGAACGUGGACUCGCUGAUCACCAAGAAGCUGCUGGAGCUCUACACCGAGUACCAGAUCGAGGAGUUGGCCCGCUGCACCACGGACUCUGUGUUCCUGCGCAAGAGCAAGGCCAUCAACCAGCUCAUCAACUCGCUUGCCGAGGAGCACCAGAUGGACGAGCAGGAGGCCGAGUGUCGGCUGGUGCGCGGCAUCAUCCGCAUCAGCACGCGCCGGAGCAAGAAGAAGAAGCGGCCCGUCGUCUCGCGCCCGGAGAGGACGCUGUCCGACAGCGGCAAUGAGACCAUGAGGGAGAGCAGCUCUUUUGCCUUCAGCAACAACAACGACUACAAAUCAAAUCCAAACAUCCAAAUAUCUGAAUUGACCUCCUCUGACAAGUGUGCCCGUGACAUUUGGAGGAACAACGGAGGUCGCACGUCCAGCUCGACGUCAACGAGCUACUCGCCCUCUCACACCGAGACGGACUCGUCGGGUGUCCCGCUCAUUCGCACGUCUGUCAGAACAUGAAUCCGUCCACACACUGCAGGGGGUGAGGGUCCUCGAUUUACGGCAGAGAUCCAUUCCUCCAAUUGCCUCUUGGUCAGCAUUUUAAAUGAAAAACCGACGGAAUAAAAAUGAGGCAGAGCAACUCUAAAAUCAGACUUUGUAUACUGUUAAAAGCCAUACAAAACUAUGGCGUAAAAAUCCGCAAUUUACCGAGGGAAAUCUACUGUCGUAAAUUGAGAACCCUGUGUAUGUGUUCCCCACUAGUCUUUGAAGGGGCCACAAUUGCGUGUGAAGGACACAACUGAACUCAGGGCUCUCUGUUUCAAUAUUGACUGUAUAUUUGUGUGUGUACCUUUUUUUUUUUUUUAUAUUGUACUGUAACUGAACGCCACAUCGCCAUCAGCUCACAAUGUUUUUUGUUCAUCCUCUGUUUUGUCCUCCUAUCUUUUCUCCAUCUAAUUUAUGUCUCUUCUGGUGGCUCCUGCAUUCAUGUGGCUUACGUAUCGCGAUGAAGGGAGUUGCCUGGUUCAUGAUAAUAAUCGUAACAAGUUUAAAUGAAGCAAACAUCAAAUGUCUUUCGAAUGUGGUUUUGUGGCCAUGAGAAUGAACAACUGUUCUUAAUAAGCAUAUGCAAUGUUGUACUAGAAGUUGUUACUCUUAGAUUCUUACACGGCGGCUCAAGAAAAGUUGUGGGAAGUCAUCCAUCUGCGCUCUCUUAUCUAGUGGCUACUGUGGGCUUGUGCGCCUCGGGUAUUGUUUGUGCUUUAAUUCUUUUAAUGAACAAUGUAAAUGUGCAAAUCCAACCAAAUGUUAUUAUAAUUAAUACUGUGGUUUUUUUAAAUGUUAUUAUUAAGUGUUUUACAAAAUAAAUCCAGUGAGGUA